AUGGUCAACACAGGUCCAAUGCUGUACGCAGGUGAGUAUACAGACUUUAAAACCCUCCUCCUUCCUCACUGUGCACUUUGACCUGUUGUUUUGUACUCUCAUUUUAAUCCCCUAUUUGCUUCGCUGUAGUUUAGAAGAGCGUUGACCUAUAAAGGUAAGCAAGUCACUUUUUUCAACCACCUUUUCAUCAUUGUUAAUAUACAGUAUGGUUAGGACCAGGUUUCUUUGUGACCUCACCAGGAAAAACUCUGGGCCCUAGUUAUAGCUUGUAGCCCUCCUGGACCCACUUUAAGCGGUAUCUUCAAAAUGUCUCUAUUAUGAAGAAUAUACUGUAUAUUGGUGAACAUUUUAUCGUCUUUAUAAGUGGAUUCUGUGCAUUCUGUUUUUAUCCUUCAAUACUUAUCUGCCUAAAGUGCAGCAUCUGUUGCAAUGAAUCACUUAAUGGACAUUUGAAUAGAUUUAUUUUCACAGCAACCCACUUGUUGAAUUCAUGCAUCUAAUUUUACAGUUGGUGGAAAAUAACGAUCUCAUGAACAUGGAUGAGGGAUUCCUUGAGAUCUCAGCAAUAAAGAUCAUCUAUUGGUUAUAUAUUUGAUGUAUUUUUGUUGUAUGUGUGUUCUGAAUGGUAAACACCUUUAGAUAUAGACCCCAGGUUCUGCAAAUGGAAGAAAAACAAUAACCAUCAUUUACAUUACAAAUAAAAUGUACAAACGCUGUCUCAUUGUCUUGACGCAUACUGUAGCCGAUGUAAUAUCUAUAGUUUUCCAUGCAGUGUUUUGCUUUGCAUGUUGUCCCCCGAGGACCUUCUCUUUAGUAAAACCAAAAUAAUACAUUUGUUAGUGGUCAUAGUCCCACUAUCCUCCACUCCUCCCUUCUCAUCCCUCUAUCUCUCUCUAGAUACAGGUGUUCCCGGGGAGGUUGCAAUGCACAGCAGUGGAGGGUGCAGGGCCAUGAAAUACAGCAGUGGAGGGGGCAUGACCACAGAGCUCUCCUGUGACAGGUAUGGCAGGGCAGUAGCCUGGGAGGGGGAGGGGCCACAGAGCUCUCCUGUGACAGGUACGUCAGGGCAGGAGCCUGUGAGGGGGAGGGGCCACAGAGCUCUCCUGUGACAGGUAUGGCAUUGCAGGAACCUGGGAGGGAGGGAGGCCACAUAGCUCUCCUGUGACAGGUGCGGCAGGGCAGGAGCCUGUGAGGGGGAGGGGCCACAGAGCUCUCCUGUGACAGGUACGUCAGGGCAGGAGCCUGGGAGAAGGAGGGGCCACAGUACCUGUGUGGCGUUGGCAGUAGUGCACUACAGUACACCUGUUGCACUUCUCAGGCUCUCUCUUUCUCCCUCCCUCUCUCCCUCUCUCUUUCUCCCUGGCUGGACAGAGAGCACCGGGGGAGAAGAAGAAGAGGGCCUCUUGGUCGCCAUGGAUCCCAACAAGGAGGCCAACAACGGCAGUGAGAAAGAGAAGGAGAAGGAAAAAGACAAAGUCAUCAAGAGGAGAACCAGGCCUAACUUUCUGCGGUACAUGCACUUGGAGAGGAGGAAGACGGACACCAUCGUGGUGGCCAACGAUGACACUGCCGCCGACAUUAAAGGGGACAUCAAUCUGGGGACCCUGGUGCGGAGGAGUCAGUCGGACAAGACAGAGUACAGUGCCAAACUUAAAGGUAAUUGGAUCCCCUGAGGUCAUAACUAUGGCAACUAGUAACUCUACAGGUUAGCUAUAUCUCAAAGCUUCCUGUUGGCUUGAACGAUAGUAAGUUCUGCUCCUGUUCUUUGUAAAAGAAAAGGUGACACUUUACUUGGAUCAGCAUGUCUGUUGACUUUCAACAGGGAAGCAUUUAUAGACGUUCAGCAAAUCAACGGUAGUGUGUCAUAGAUUCCAGAGGAACACGUGUGACUCGAGGGAGAAAGCCAGAUAGACGAAGGGCACUGUAGCUAUGGAUGUUUCUGCCCAGCACCUGUUGUGUUGUUAUGUGACAGAGGGAGCACCAAGCUAUUCCCGCAGGGAUGAGGUCACAUAUGCAAACCGUGCUCCAACCGAGCCACAGCAGCCUGACAGCACAGAGGAGGGGCUAUAGCUACAGGCCUGGUAUUAAACAAGAUAAGGAAACCUAUUAUGAGUGAACUACAAUGGGGCUUCUAUCACUGAUUGAAGCAUUUAAUUAUUAAACCAGUGUGUGGUCUCUGAGACUUUAAAGGGGAAAUGUGAACAUACAGAAAUAUGAACACGUGUCAUCACCAGUGUUACUACCGUGCUACUAUAGCCUAAACUAUGUCUAGGUGGCUGUCACCACAUGGUCAGCCUUCACAUUCACUAAAGUCAAAUUCGUAUACAAUUAUCAUAACAGUUUUUAUUUUAACACAAUCUGGGUUCAAAAUUGAACAAAAGUAUUGUUACUGGUCAUCAUAAUAAAGGCUAUAUGGAGACUCCUGACCUGCAAACCAAUAUUUAAUUUCACAAUUGGUUAAAAUUAGGUUACGGUCAGGGUUAAGGUCAGGGUUAAGGUCAGGGUUAAGGUCAGGGUACGCAGUGUCCUUUUAGCCUCUCCCACUUUCCCCAGACAGUCAGCCUGUCUCAUCAGCAGUUCAGGAAAACUCACCUCACCUGUCCUUCCUCCACUGCAUUACAUUAGAUGUUGUCACGCACUUGGAAUGUAGACCUUCAGGCGCAGGUUUACAUUUAUUGGGAUGAAUCUUGUCCCGGAGGCAGGACUGCAAAAUUGACUACAUAAUGUAAAAAUUCAUGACAUUUAAAAAAAACUAUAAUUUAAGGUUAGGGUUAAGCAUAAGGUUAGCAGUGUGGUUAGGGUUAGAUUUAAAAUAAGAUUUUAUGACUUUGUGGCUGUGCCAGCUAGUGACCACCCUGCAGAGCUGCUUCCAGUAUGAGUCAUCCCAAUAAAUGCCAACCAGCCAAGUAGUCACUGGCAGCCUGACAGAAAAUAAGAGGUUAACUAUGUAGAGAUUCUUGUGCCACUAGUUCUGUAAGUUUCCUCUACAAGGGAACAAUGGACACCCACACUUCUGCUAAUGUCAAUUAGGGGCAUUAGUUUAGACAGUUAAACAAUGCCGUCAAUCUCCCAUCUAACCAAGCAAAAGAGCCAUUUAAACUCUUUUUGUAUUAUAAUGACAUGCUGAAUAGGACACACUUGCCCUAUCAGCACACCUACUGUUGACCUGAAACACUGAGACACCCUAUUCCCUAUAUAGUGCACUACUUUUGACCAGGGCCCAUGGGGAUCUGGUCAAAUGUAGUGAAUAGGGUGUGAUGUAGGACACUCCUUGUCCUGUCAGCACGUCCUCUGUUUACCUGAAACACAGGCACUCAUUGCCUAUCAUCACUUUCUAUUUUCUUGACUUGUGCCCAAGGACCAGCGUCACAACUCAGUUGUCAAACAGCUGAUUGUUUUCAGUAAACUGAUUGCCACCGCCACCGCCCACUUUAAAGGAUUUCUCCCUCACGCUAAACGAGCUGCCUUGAGUAUAAGUGUACAGGGACAUUGCAAAUAUUGACAUAAUGAUGGCUUCACCAUCUAAAUGGAGAAGUGUGUGAGUUGUUCCUGUACACUGAGUUCUAGUCUAGCAGUCUGUCUGCUGUGAAACAGGUUGAACAAGCCUGGCCUCAAGGUCCAUAGCAACCAGAAGUUAUGGUCAGUCACAAAGCGUUACCACCCUGAUAUGACAUUGCACACUGGCUAGUGUCAUACAGUAAUUCACCUCCUCAGUUUAUAGUGAGUUAUUGAAAUCUGUGAACAGUCAUCCACAACCCAAACAUUCAUAAGACAAACUGGUCAAUUGGUAUGCAUGACCUGUGUGUGUCUUUGUGUGUGUGUGUGUGCGUGUUGUGUGUGCGUGCGUACCUGCGUGUGUGUGUGUGUGUGUGUGUGAAUUGCCUCAACAAUGGCCUUUUGUGUCUUGUUAUUGGAUCAGAUAGUGUGUCCGUACUACGGGGGACACAGAGCCCCUAUCAACCAAGCUACUGUCCUCAGGCCAAGCUCUCACCUAUGGGCCAUUAGGAGGGAAUAGGAGGCACCAGCUACUUACACCACAAUACACUACACUACAGUACAGUACACCACAAUACACUACAGUACAGUACACUACACUACACGUACACAGUACACUACAGUACACUACAGUACAGUACACUACACUACACUACACUACACAGUACAGUACAGUACAGUACACUACAGUACAGUACAGUACAGUACAGUACAAUACAUACCCACAAUACACUACAGUACAGUACAGUACAGUACAGUACAGUACACUACAGUACAGUACAGUACAGUACACUACAGUACAGUACAAUACACCACAAUACACCACAAUACACUACAGUACAGUACAUUACACUACACUACACUACAGUACAGUACAGUACAGUACAGCUACACUACAGUACAGUACACUAGAGUACAGUACAGUAGGACAGUACUGUGAUACUGGAUCCAAACACCACUCAGUGUGGUAUCCUAUACAAACCCCAGCUAACCCCAAAGCCAGUCGUUUAAUAACUGCUUCAGCCGUUAGCGUUGGCCCUCUCGUCCUUCCUAAGAGGCACCACCUCUAUUCCCCUAAUGUACUUGAACUCAGUCCUUUCCUCAAUGGCAUUCUCAAUCCUAUUGUAUUCUGCAGGGUGGUGACCGGGGGGGUCUAACGUGUCGUUUUUCCUCGUGGCGAUACGUGAUCCGUCAGGGUCCUUGUUUUCCAAGGCCUUCCGUACGUUAGAUCGUUUUCAAUGGCCAAGCCUAGUGAAAGGGCUGGCGUAUCCGCUUUCAUGGGAACUCCUGCGCCUGCAACCAAACCAGUAUAAUACAGCAGCAUAAUGGGGGCCAAUGGGAGGACUUAGACCAUUACAUUAUGGCUCUAUCAAACACUGACCUGUGAUAUGACUAUAUGGUGAUAGAAGUGCUUCAUUUAACAAUAUGCUGGUCCUCUUUUGUGGAGCUGUUUUAUUUCAAUAACUCAGGUUUUACCCAGGCAGGGAGCUAGGCUAGAAGGUCACAGGUUUUACCCAGGCAGGGAGCUUGGCUAGAAGGUCACAGGUUUUACCCAGGCAGGGAGCUUGGCUAGAAGGUCACAGGUUUUACCCAGGCAGGGAGCUUGGCUAGAAGGUCACAGGUUUUACCCAGGCAGGGAGCUUGGCUAGAAGGUCACAGGUCUUACCCAGGCAGGGAGCUUGGCUAGAAGGUCACAGGUUUUACCCAGGCAGGGAGCUUGGCUAGAAGGUCACAGGUCUUACCCAGGCAGGGAGCUUGGCUAGAAGGUCGCAGGUUUUACCCAGGCAGGGAGCUUGGCUAGAAGGUCGCAGGUUUUACCCAGGCAGGGAGCUUGGCUAGAAGGUCACAGGUUUUACCCAGGCAGGGAGCUUGGCUAGAAGGUCACAGGUUUACCCAGCCGGAGCUUGCUAGAAGGUCUCAGGUUUUACCCAGGCAGGGAGCUUGGCUAGAAGGUCACAGGUUUUACCCAGGCAGGGAGCUAUGCUAGAAGGUCCACAGGUCUUACCCAGGCAGGGAGCUAGGCUAGAAGGUCACAGGUCUUACCCAGGCAGGGAGCUAGGCUAGAAGGUCACAGGUCUUACCCAGGCAGGGAGCUUGGCUAGAAGGUCACAGGUCUUACCCAGGCAGGGAGCUAGGCUAGAAGGUCACAGGUUUUACCAGGCAGGGAGCUUGGCUAGAAGGUCACAGGUUUUACCCAGGCAGGGAGCUUGGCUAGAAGGUCACAGGUUUUACCCAGGCAGGGAGCUUGGCUAAAAGGUACUCAGCCCUGCUGCUGAAUCUGCACUUUAUGCCAGUUUUCUCACGGGUAGAGGUUUUCACUUGCAGCAUAGUCUCUUGAAUAGCCAUUAUACUGUAUGUCAGAUGUUAUGUUGUAAUGCGACACGUUUCAUUCACAUUUAUUUAAAUUUGAACGCUUUAUUUUAAUGAAUUAACAUGGUUCACUUUUACGUGAUGUCAAGCCAUUUUAAUUGCUACAACAAUAUAGUAAUUGACCACUAUUCUUUUAGGGAGAAUUGUAAAGUAUUAUAUUUUUGACAAGGGGACUGAAAUGUGCAGGCCAUUGAAACCUGAUAGCCAGGAGGGGUGAAGGUGUCCAUUUAGCUUUUUGCAGCUUUAGAGGGCUUGACAUGUUAUUAUGUUCUCCUACCCUUCACCAUCAUGUCCUCAUUCCACCUCUCUGUGAAUAAUGGUCAAAUAGCUCUCCAAAGUCAAAGCUUUUGAAUGUUACGUUUUUUAAUACCUCAUGUAUACAAGUGAAUGCCAGGGGCGUGUUGACAUGAAUGCACUGGUAGGAGUGUGAGACUGAGAGGUGGGGAAGAGGGGGAAGGGGUGGGUUGUGAGGUGAUAGGACGGGCGGUGGGUGUGGAAUGUGUACGCAUUAUGCAUGUAUGAGUGUGGUGUGGUGUGGUGUGGUGUGUGGGUGUUUGUGCGUCAGAUUUUUGUUGACUGUCUUGAUGUGUGCUGGGGGUGGGGUUGAGGUUGGGUUGUGUAGCGGGAUGGCGUGUGUGUGUGUGUGUGUGUGUGUGUGUGUGUGUGUGUGUGUGUGUAUGUGUAUGUGUAUGUGUAUGUGUCAGGUGCAUCCCCCAGCUGGAGCAGAUGGAAUGCCUGCACACAUUUAGUUCAGUAACCUGACACAGCACUCUCUUCCUCCUUCCACUCUCUGUCUCUUUCUCUCUCUCUCUCUCUCCCUCUUUCUCUCCAUCUCUCUUCUCUCUCUUCCCCCCACACCCUCUCUCUCUCUUCCUCUCUCUCUCUCUCGCCCCUCUUUUUCUCUUCCCUCUUCACUCUCUCAAUCUCUCUCCCGGAGAGGGGGAAGUGAUGUGUUGAGGUCGAUUAGGCGGCAGACGCGGAAAGCAAACAUCUCCCUUCCCUGAACACACACUUACCUCCUCGUCACACACACACACACACACACAGUCUCUCUCCUCACCCGCCAUGCAAUGCACCGCCAGCUAGGGACUGACUAGGGGGAGCAGGGCGAUAAUAAAAAGAGGGAAAAAAGAAAGGAUGAGAAAAGAGGAGAGGAACCUGACAGGCAUGCUAAUGGGGGCUGGUUGGCGCUCAGUCAAAACAAUUAGAUCAGCGUGAAACACUGGCAGAGGGUUGGGAGGGAUGAAGUCAGGUGACGGUGUUGGGAGAGAUGUAUGUUUUCUCACGCGUGCAUGCAUCGCAUACCGUACCCAUGUAUUUAAAUACAACUUCAUGCAGAGGGCUCUUGUACACGUGUGCUCUCUCUUUACUUUGCCAGUGAAUGCAUGAAUAGAUCAUUUGAUAUGGCCCCUUUUGAAACAGAUCUCACAUUUUAAUUGAUGUGUAGAAAUAUGAUGUGUAGUUAACACGUUAAUUGUGUCAAUGAUCAUGUCAUAUCUCACCAUGUUAUUGUGUUAUGUCAUAUUUAUAUAUUAUCUGUUCAGACAGAGACUAUCCAAUAGGCACACAUUGGUUGAAUAAACGUUGUUUCCACGUCGUUGAACCAACAUGGAAUAGACAUUGAAUUGACAUCUAUGCCCACUGGGUAUAUUCUACAUAGAAGAAAACCUUGCCAUCCAACACACAUCCUAAACGUAUCCCUGUCCCCUUCUUAAGAGAAAAUGGCUCCCCUGUCCUCCCUGUCGUCGAUCCUGGCCUCCCCGGCCCUCGAGCCUGAGGAGGUCCGCCUGAGGAAAAUGAGCCGCAGGUCAAAGGUCAUCCAGGAGCUGGUGCAAACAGAGAGGGACUUCCUCACCGACCUGGAGCUCUGCAUCAGAGAGGUGGUCAAGCCCCUCAGAGACAGACAGGUAAUGAGGAAGUAGACAGAGUACUCAGUGGGUGAUAUCAUCUGCUUACAGAGAUACAGAGGGGUGGUUACCUUGUGCUACCUUGCUUGGUAGUGAAUGUUGUAUUGUUCAUUAUUCAGGCAGUGUUAGUCUAAUAAGUUAUUUUCAAAAGAUGAUGCAUGGUGGUUGAACUGCACACAUCCCACUUCUGACACCAGUGUAGCGAAUAUCAGGGGUGUGCUCUUCCCAGGCUAGCCACUGCCCCAAUAGGGAUAUCUACACUUGGGGGAGAUCAUGCCAGGCUAACAUAGGCUAUAUGGUUGUAACAGAACAUUGAAGUAUACAUAUGACUGGCUAUGUGUCUAAAGGUAUCUCUCUCUGUGUGUCUCCAGGUGGUGGACGUGGAUCGUCUGUUUACUAACAUGGAGACAGUGUGUGAAGUGUCGGCCGCGCUGCUCCACCGGCUGCAGGAGGCCACAGCUGAGCCCGACCCUGAAGCACUAGUCAUAGGUAGGUGACCUCACGUUGACCUCUGACCUCUGUUUAACCUCAGUCACCUGAGUCUGGUUCAUUAGGGAAACUUAUGUAAGAAAAUUUAUUAAAACAGGUUUGGGACUACCUGGAUUUACCUGGUCCAAUAACACAUUUUCAUUUUCAUUUUCAUUUUCCUUUGCAAAACUUUUUAAAACGUUUUCCAUUGCGUGACCUAAUGGACAUGACCCAUAUCUUGACCAUACUGUCAUUAUAAUAUGCCACAUGUCUAAAUAAGCCACUCAGGUUGACUGAUUUAAUACUGGUUAAUUAAAAUGUAUCACGUUUUGUUUUCCCACCAUAGGGGAAGUGUUCAUUCAGGCCAAAGCAGCGCUGGAGGACGUCUAUAAAAUCUACUGCUAUCACCACGACGACGCUAACUCUUUACUCAAGUCCUAUGAGAAAGAGGAAGGAAUAAAGCAACAUUUCAUCACCUGUGUGUUAUCACUGAAGUGAGUCGCUGCUAGAUACUUCCCCCUCAUUCAUCAACUAAGCAUUUCCUCCCAAAGAGGCAUUUAUACUGCUGGCAAUAAUAACUUUUAUUAAAGCAAUGACUUUGUGUCUCGUUGCAGGCAGAUAUACGACCAAGAGUAAGUAUACCAGAUUUUUUAUCAUCGUUCCUGUAACAAUAUUUUGGAAUAAUUUACACUAUAAUAUAAAAAUGUACAUCCUAUCCAUAUUGAUUUUCAGUGGUUUAAAUGAGUAUUAAGUAUAACAUUGUUAUUAAAUGUAUAAUGUAAUUGACAGACUAAUGAUGUGUAACUAGCUGUAUCAUAUUAAUAUUAAUAAUAAUAAUAAUAUAUGCCAUUUAGCAGAUGCUUUUAUCGAAAGCGACUUAGUCAUGGGUGCAUACAUUUAAUGAAUGGGUGGCCCCGGGAAUUGAACUCACAAUCCUGACGUUGCAAGCGCCAUGCUCUAACAUGUUAACUGUACUAGCAUGUGUUAAUAACUGUGUAAUAAUGUGUAACCCUAACCCAUACACAAAAAAAAUGUAUGCACGCAUGACUGUAAGUCGCUUUGGAUAAAAGCGUCUGCUAAAUGGCAUAUUAUUAUUAUUAUUAUUAUAACCCAAACAAACCUGCUGGGAUUAUUGAUAUUUUCUGCGGCAAUCUCUGCUGGAAACCGGCGGAAUUCCGCUGAAAGCUUUUUUUUUGCCUCUAGUGUAGUAACAUUACUAUUAACAUCAUGCUUUGUGGCGGUCUUCAGGGGUAAACCCAACCUGCUGGACAUGGGUUCUCUGCUCAUCAAACCGGUCCAGCGGGUCAUGAAGUACCCUCUGCUGCUGGGGGAGCUGUGGCAGGCCACGCCCAGCGACCACCCUGACAACAGGCCCCUCCAGGAGGCCCUGACCGCCGCCAAGAUCAUCAACGUCAACAUCAACGAGUUCAAGAGGAGGAAGGACAUCGGUACAGCUCUAAAUAUGCUAUAGUCUGAGAUGAAGAAAUGUGUGACGUACAUAUCACCUGCACACGUUCUAAAUACACUGUCUGAGAAAUGUGCAGAACUGACAUAAAUCUCUACGUGAUAUGGUGGUGGUUCAAUGUAAUUGAUACAUCAAACAUUUUAAAGAACACAGAAAAUUGUGGUUAAGAUUGGAAGCAAUUAAAGUAUUAUACUGUAUGGCAGUUAUUACCAUGCUAUACAUCCCAUUACUAAAUGUCAUGACCCCUUUAGUGCUUCAACCAUAGAGAUCCUAUUAAAUUAUAUUGAACAUUACC